AUGGCUCGCGGUUUCGAAAUUGAGCGACCUAAUAUCGACAAUGAGGAAGUUCCCCAGGUACAUAAUGACACUUCUCCUGAAGUGCCACCAGCCCAGCAGAAGGAGGCCAACCUGCUCGGAGAACCGGAGCCCAUCAAGAAUCCCCCUUCAGCCAGGAAGAGCAAAACAUACUGCCGCUAUCACCGGGACAAUGGGCAUCACGUUGAUGAAUGUCAGGCUCUCAAGCAAGCAAUCGAAGACCUCAUCAAACAGGGGCACUUUAAGGAGUAUGUUGACGGUCCGACUCCCGUUCGGGAAAAAGACCAAGAGGAACAGGGGAAAAGGCACCGUGGUCGCAAGGGGCUCUAUUGUGUAGGGAUCAUUUUUGGGGGGCCCUACCUCGCGGGGAACUCUCGAGGUUCCCAGAAAAAGUAUGCUUGGGAAGCUCACCAUGACCCCUUGAGUGUAAUGAGCAGAGAGCCACGACCUGCUAAGAUCCAUAGGGAAGAAGAAAUUACCUUCUCCGAAAAAGACGCAAUACGACUACAUCACACCCACGACGAUGCACUCGUCAUCACGCUUGAAGUAGGCUGGUGUGAGGUCCACAGAAUGUUGGUCAACAAUGGGAGCGUCGUGAAUAUCCUGUUCCAGUAA